CCCAUUAAGUGCACUCAACCAGUAGUUGCCGUAUUUCCUACAGUCCUUGAACCUGUCUUCUGACGCAUUGGAAGGAGGUGUGUGCGUUCGUGAAAACGUGCGUGUGUGUCCUCGUGUGUAGGCUGAUUGUAGUCCUCUGUAUGUCGAAGCCUUCAUAAAUCUCCCCUCGACCAAUGAGGAGGCUGCUGUUAAUCUCCGUUUGGUGAAAAACCGGUGAGAGUCCGGAGGCGUCUCAGAUCUGAAUACACGCUUUAUGAGGACGGAGGGGAAGAGAGAUUUGAAGUUUGUGAACUGUGGAGAUGAAUGAUUUUCUACAAAACUUUCUCGCAACUUUGAUGCUUCUUGGAGGGUUCUGAAACGUUAUCCUCACCAGGAGACAGAAAGAAGUGCUUUUUUGUGUUUUUUAACUUCAUCCUCACUUCAUCCAGACAACAUCAUCUGUAACAUCAUCUGGAGGAUUGCUGCUGCUGCUGCUGGUGGUCUUCUUCUCGUAGCUCACAGAGAGUGGACAUCCCGUUGAGUUCGGUCGUCAUGUCCUCCGGUGAUGUCUCGGAGCUGAGUCGGCGGGUCAGCGUGCUGUCUUGGGAUCAGGUGCAGCGUUUGGACUCCAUCCUGGGGGAGAGCGUCCCGAUCCACGGCCGUGGAAACUUCCCCACACUGUCCGUGCAGCCCAGACAGAUCGUCCAGGUGAGAGUCCGGUCCACUGAACUCAAAGCUAUUUAUACGGCUGCUUUUACCCAAACUAGAUAAUGCCUUUAAGAGUAUUUCCAGCAACAACAAAGUGCGCAACAUUUGCGCAAAAUUCUAACUUUUAUCGUCUUUGUCACCUCUUUAACUAUCAUGAGGCAAAACUGUUAAACUAGUCUACUUCUCCAGUUAUGACACAUACAUUAUAACACUUGAUUUAUACGAAAACACCAAAGAAAAACAGUCGUGGACGCACAUCAUGCUUGCCUUAUUUCAGUCAUACGCAGUUAGUGGCCCCCAAGGCGGUUAAGUGGGGGAGAGUUGCUCACCAGGUGGAAGAAAAGCAUCUUUCACUGCGACAUAAACUCACUCAUGCUGCCAAGUGAAGUGAGUGAUGGUAAUAAAGGCGUGCACAAAUAAAAUCUGACUCGUUAACAACCUGUUGAUUGUAUUUAGUCACUGUGCGAACAGCUGAACUGGACACAACUAACUGCAAAUCCAGUCUUUCCACAGGUGGAACUUUCCACUUGUCUCAGAUAUAUGAUUUCAAUUAAUCCAAAUGUGGACGUUUUUCAUAAAAGGUUCCAAAAAGUAGAUUACAUUCACCAUUUCAUUUGACAUCUUGGUGAAGAUGAACCAAGAAUAUUAACCCUUACACUGUAAUUUCUGAUACAUUAACAGAAAGGAAAACACAUCUGAUCACUGACAAUCUUAAGAUUUGAGAAGAUCCAACACUAGACUGCAGUUUCCCACAUGCUCAUUAAUACUUCUUUUAACUUCUUUUUUUCACAGCUUUUAUAAAAAAAAGUCAGAGAUAAUGACUGAGAUAUGGUAGACGUAUCAGGAAUGAAGUGUAGAGGGAUUAUAUUGCCUGGGUUGCAGUUUUCCUGUAAUCCAGGUUCAUAUUACAGUAAGGUAAUUCAUUUUUCCGUGGUGAUCCCCUGUGGAAGACAUACACAGCAUUUUAAGGGCCUCUAUAAUCCAGGAGGCCCCCCUACCAUUUGCACUGAACUUCCCCACUAAUGCCUUUCCUUCAUUACACAGUCCUCCAGGCUACAGAGACCCUGAACACUUUCUUUCCAUGAGCCAGAUUACUUCAUUAGAAACUUUAAAAGACCGCCUUUCGGAAAAUAAUCCCAACGCUUAUACAACAUGUGAUGAGAGGCACCAAAGUUUUCAUCUGGUGCAAACAUGUUAGCAUGUUGGAAAGGAAUUAUCCAAAGCACAAAGAUAAACAUCUUAGUAACCCAGUUGUGUUUAAAUGGAGCCUGGAGGUCCAUGAAAACAAGUCUUGUUUGGAUUAUCUCUGCCAAAGCUUUGCGAGAUAUAACGAAAACAUGUUAAACAUACAACGUUUAACUUUUAUAAAACUGAUUAUUCCCUGGUUUUUAAUAGCUGAUUGCAGUGACUCAGUUUUAAUUGCAUGUUUGAAAUUCCACUCCCCUGCAUUCCAAAACAGUUUCCAUAGUAACAGUUUAAAGCAACUCUUACCCGUGUCUUAAUUUAGCAGCAAAAUGAAUGCAAUGAGAUGUACUUGAUGGCCUCAAGAUUUAGUAUUUGCAGAAAUGCUGCACCGCUUUACCAGGGAGGUCUGAAACAGUUCAUCUGUCCUUAUUAAAGGCACAGUGUGUAGAAUAGGGAAUAUCCCCAGCUCCAAAGUAUUCAUGCAGAACAACAACCACUAUCUUUGUCUUUGACUUCCAACAGUGUUUAACUAGUUUGUCUGUUCUGUGCUUCUUUAGAAAAUUGGCAGUGCAAGAUGGCGUUAUUUGUGGAAGGGAACCCUAUAUCUAAAAGACUGUAUCAAAGUUAAAAAAAACAGAAAACGAUCAGUUUCGAUAGUCAGAUUAUUAACUAUUUGGAUUGAUCAACAGGUCCGCUUUAACUCACUCAGCUCACUCUGAAAUAAUACUCUGUUGGUUCUUGGGAAAUAUAUGCUUUGCUCAUAUGUGGUAGCUCAACCUCACAGUACUCAUAUGGUGUUUCAAGUCACUUGUCAACUAAGCUGUCAGGGAGCUCGUGAGAGUGAAGUGAGUGAAGUAUGACGUUGAAAAGUGCUGUGGUGGUGUAAAUUUCCAUCAUAGUGGCAGCAGGAAGACACUGCAGUAGCUUAUCUAUGGUGUGCCAAAAGGGACAAAAAAAGCACUGAAUUAAAAUAAGUGUCAAUAUUGGACUAAAGUCAUUUUUAUUAUUAUUUUAUUAUUAUUAUUUUAUUAAUUUAUUAUAUAAUUAUAUCAAUCAGUAAUGUUUAGAGGUAUAGAAGAGGACUAGAGCACACUUAUAUUUAUAGCAGAAACCCAUCACACACAUGAAUAUUGUUAAUGUAGAUAUAAAAAUAGACAACAGUUUGGCUGAACUCAAAUAUGCUAGAGUCAAUAGUCAAUAGUUUGUCAGUAAUGAGCCAUUAAAAACGUGUCUAAAAGGGUCUUUGACUAGUCUAUGUUCUGAUUAAAUACAAAUAAAUCAUUUGUAUGAAGUUUUAGAUUCUACUUUAGCAAAAAUUGAGGCUUAAUGACUUAAACAUGUCAGAAAUCAGAAAUCAAGACACGCCCUCUUCUCAGUAUCAAAAUAAUAAACAGCAAAUCUGAAGUACCAAGGAGAGGCAUGCCGUGUUAGUGACCUGUUAGCUUAUUGUGCUAACCCAACCAACAUUACAUCCUCAACACCAACAACUGCACACUCAGCUGUCUAAAGUUACUUCUCUUUAAAUAGUUAAAUUUCUGCUUUUAGAUUCACAGCUGAAGGAUUGUGGAGGAUAACCUCGACAGGAAAUGUGUUUGAGUUUAGUAGAAAAAACUCUGUAUGACUGUAAAUGUUUAAUUUUCAAAAUUGGAUUAGGAUGGGAAAGACUGUUACACUCUCAAUAGACCCUGACGUCUCCUCGAAGUCUUUACUUUUCUGGGUACACUGCUCUUUUUCUGCGCUUCACUAGCAGUAAGUCGGUGUCAGAGCACAUUUAUUAAGAAACGCAUACCUGACACUUCCCCUGUUUUCACGUGGUGCAUAUAGACUGAUUUAAAAAGUCUGCAAGGCAUCAUCUCUCAGUAAUAGCACUGUUUUGACAACGUAAAAGUAGACGCCAUGUUCCCCUUCAUGGAAUAUGUCACGCAGGUUUAAGCUGAUUUUAAUACCAUAUGGGCAUGAAUGGAAACCAGUGGCUGACUUGAAGGAAGGAAAAACACACUCCUAAGACCCAAACCGCUGAUAUGUUUUGGAAAAUGGAUGACGGUAAUGUGGGGUAUUCUAGAUAAAUGGGCUAAAACAUGCAAAACCACCAGUCUGCGACUUUAAACGUCAGCUUUUUAACUGUAAACCAGACAAAGCUGUCUACCUGAGAGGAACAGAGAUAGUUUCAGAGACUCAGGAGGGUGACCAGUGGAUCACACUCCCAUCGAGUCAGAGGAGCCCCUCUCAAUGGUGGGUUUGUCUGAGGGCCACAUUUAAAUAACAUCUGUUUGUGGUCUGGUUGUGAGCGAGCCGCAGGAGCAGUGUGGGGAAAACUUUUACUGUUACCGACACCCCUGUACUCUCCCUUUCAUUUACUGUUGACAGACAUCAACCCACAGUCUGAAUAUUUGCUGACAUACAUGUUCCCACAGUGCGCUGCAUCUAAAGAGCCUCACAGAAGCUUCAUACCACAUGAUGAUCAACACAGAUAUCCCAUUUGUGUGUCGUAAUUUGAUGAGUGUGUUUAUGUGUGAGGGUGGAGGUAUGAAGGCCUCUGUGGUUUUUUUGAGUCGUAUCUUUUUUCCAGCACCGCUGCUAUCAUAUUUUAACUUACUUGUUGUGUCUACAGUAGAUGUUUAAGAUAGGUUUCUUCUUUUUUUUCUGCUCAGAGCUCUCCUUUCACUGUUGUGCUUUUGAAAAAUGGGGGUUGUAAAGUGGACUGGACUUGAAGUCGAAUGUGAGGAGUGGAUUAGUGCCCGUAAUAACACUGGGCUUGUGGGUCAGGUUUGACAACAUAUCUCUGUGGUAAGUGAAGACCAGCCGCCUGACUCUGCUGUGGCCUUGGCCAAACUGUAAACCAACUCCUCACUGGGCUAUUGUCAAGAAAGGCAACAUGAAGACGCCACAUGCUCCCAAUGUUCCCUAGAGGAGACAACCUCAGAACAUUUAAUUUAGACUGGUCUGUAAUGAUUUUUAUUAGACAGUUGGUUUUCACUCUUAUUACUUUGAAUUCAUUAGUUUGUAGAUGUUAUAUCAAAUGGAUGGAUGAAUUAGGGUGAACAGUGUAGUGUCUUUCACUUGUUGUUUUGUAAAGUUUAGUGUUCCUUCAAAAUAACUAAAUCUGUAUACUUUAUUUAUCUCUGGGAAGAAUCAGUAUGGGGUUUAUGUUUACUUAAAACUUUCUUUUAAAUCUUGCACACCCUGAUUAGUAAAAGCUACUCUCUAUUUCUAUUAUGUUUCGAGGUUUUAUGCCUACCUGCUGUGAGUUUAUUGUUUAAAGCUCCAAUAGGGAGAUUUUAAUGAGAUGUAAACAGAUUGAAGUUGAUUCUGUUGCCUUUUUAUGACCCACAAAGACAAUUUAGACUAUCAACAAGUCUUACAACAUAUGAUGUGUUAUUUUUGAUAUAUCAAACUGCUACAAGGAAGUCGGCAUCAGAAAGGACAAUUUCCUUGUAUUUCAAUUGCAGUGAUUGACACGUUUGACUUUUAAAAGAUAAGGAACUUAAUUAAAAAAAACUCUUUGGUAUGUGCAGAUAGCACUCAAACUGACAGUAAUGGAAAUUUCCUCAUAGCAGAGGAGUUCAAAAUAAGUUUAAAAAAAUAAAUCCUUUUUUGACAAUGUUUGAUUGGGAAAUAUUGCAGAGCUCGUUACACUAACAUAGGUUCCACAAGUGCCAGCUGUUAGUUCAACAGUCUACUAGUCACAUAACUGCAGCUGUCUACUUUUUCCAAUGUGUAUUACAAUAAGUAAUCUGAAAUAAGAAGUUGCCACCAAUGUCUGCAGUUGCGUGGACUACCUUUUGUGUACAUUUUAGAAGUGCUUACCUCUGCUUUAUGCCAGUUCAAGUAUGAAAAGACAUCUGUCAGUCCUCCACUACAUUCUUCGCCUGGCUGGCUACUUUUUUCCACCAGCUGACAACUCCAUAUGUUUGUGAAUCGUCAUGAUACGGAGGCUAUAGACCUUGAUGCAGAAGUUGCUGGUUCAACUACCAGCUCUGACCUGUAUGUUACUUUUUACUAAUAUUUAUGUAUGACUCUGACUGAGUCUGAUCAAGGCAAAAGCUGAUAUUCCCUUUAUCUGUUUCCCAUAGAAUAAUAGUAAUGAAGGUACAGUACAUUGAAAUAUGAAUGGAUAAUCAUUGUCAUCUGAUGUUAUUUUACCCACUAAUUUUCCUCUCUUUCUUCACAACAGCAUGUCCCACUGUGCUUUUUAUAAUAUAUCUUGUGUGUGUGUGUCCUUUCAACAAAACAUUUUAUUAAGAUGCCUAAUGACACAACUCGCUCCUGAAAGUUUGUGAAAAGCAUUUUGUUUUGGUGAAUAUUAUAAAGCAGCCUAACAAAAAAGUCAAGUUUUCAUUGGAUUUACCAUGAAAUGAAAAUAUCAGGCCCAACACGACUUUUGGACUCAAAGCUUUCAGAGAAAAAAAAGACUUCCAAUAUCAUAAAUACCAUGAGGGUGUAGCAUUUACAUGAUCUCUUCUUGUGAACAAGGUAAACAUGACUCUAUUUUAUAGUGCUAUAACUCUUCUGCUUUGUUGUGUUAUAAAAAAAUCUAGUAUGAGGCUUUGUGUUCGUGUUAAUUGUGGCGCCCCCAGUAGUCAAGGUGGUAUUGCAUCUUUGUUGAUUUUUAUCCUAUCUGUGUAAGCGGUAUUAAGAAUUUUAACUUGCUUUCUUUAGAUAGUUUAAUGAAUCGGUCAGAGGGGUUACAGCCAUCAAAAAUUACAUUAUAGAAAUGUCUGUUUUUAACCUAUGUAGGCCAUAAAACAUAAUUCCAAAUUUCAGUCUUUUUUAAAAAGAGUAAAAACUUUUCACACUGACUUCAAAUGAGGUCCUCAGUUAUCUUUGCUUGUUGUCAAAGAGGAAAUGUCUGCUGUUGUUUAAGUAACAUCAUAGUGAACCAUUCCAUGUUAAGGGGAAUUAUCCUUGUUUUGUCAGCAUCUACAGUUUACCGGCUUGUAAAUUAGUUAUCUUUUUACAUGGACAAAAAAAUCUUAUAAGAGCAAAACAGAGAAAGUAACUGUGUUUAAAGAGGUCAAGAACUGCUUUUUGGCACACUUGACAAACCAACUUGAUAGUCGUAUUUUAUCAUGAGACGCUAUCAUGGUUUCAGGAUGUAUAAGGUAACAAUUCUUCACAUAACUUUCACUCUCUUCGGUUUUAUCUUAGAUGUCUGGCUCAAAAACCCAAACAAAAGUCUCCACAGAUUGGUCUUUUGUUAAGAGUCCUAUCAAGUUAAGUUUUUGAAUAUCUUGGAAAACCUUAAAAGCAGAUAGUUUUUUUUCUUAGUUAGGUAACAGGAUCAGUUUUCAGCCUUUGACUCACUUUUGUCCAAGCAUACAGGUGAAGUGACCACCCGUGCAUAGGAAACUCGAGGCAGCUUUUCAAAACAGAGGAAAAUUCAUCAUCAUCCCCCGCUGGCAGCCAAGCUACUGUACGACUCACUGGCUGGGUUAGUUUUGGAGUGAAUUUGAAGGUCAGGGACUCAUAACUCCUCAUUCCCUGUCGCCAGUUCCUUGGCAGAGGAAUCCUCUGACUCACUGCCCGAGGCGCUCGCAGGCGUCCAGGGCACUAUGGGCUGGUAAACGGCUGGGUCAUUUCAAACUGCCGUAAUAAAAACACAUUCAGGCCGCAGCUUAAAUGAAAUAGUCAAGGAAACGAAUGAGACUGGAGAAGGAAAGUGGAGAGACUGUUAUAAGUCGCCAAGGCGUUGUCAACACCAGACAGUCUGGUGUGUUUGCGGCUCUGUUUUUUUACAAGGUUUUUUUUUUCACUUGCUGAACGUUGGCGGAAGUGUCUCCCUUUCCUCGACUCACCAGGUGCUGGUGCGUCAUGUGGGAAAUGUAGGAACCCAUUUUAUUGUUGCUGAAGGACAGGGGGGUUGAGGGGGUGGCAGAGCUGUGCUUCCUCAUAUGCUCCUUUCAGGACCCCCAGAUGGGCAGAUUAUGGCAUGCUGUUAACUCCAACCAACUGUUUAAGUGUGAGGUCAGAGCAAAUACUGCUGUGGGUUUCCCUUUCUGGAUGGUUCAAAGAUUGUCUUCUCACCUUCUGUAUUCCCUGUCUGUGCACCUUUAUGGGCUGGUUGGCGGAAAAUGUAUAUUUUUUGUAGCACAGUCUUUAUUUGUCGUGUUUUUGUAAAUUAAUUUUGAAAGAAUGGAAUGAAAAUUCUUUUACCAUAGGUGUUAAUAUUUUAUUUUGGAUAAUUUAAGAGUUUUGACAGCUGAGUUUAGAAGAUUACAAGCAUUUCCAUCUGCCUGUGUUGCAGAUUGUGACCAUAAAUCAAACGACAGGCAGCACAUGCAAUUUCGCCGGUUAGCAUCUCAUGUACGCUAUAGAAUUUGUUUUUCUUUUCUUCCUCUUUGCAUUUUUCUUAUGGCUUUCCAGCUCCAAGAUCUCCCCCAAGUUCACCCAUACGAAGAUCAGAUAAAUACCCACAUUAAAUAGCUCUUUGCCUGUUUUUUCAGUAAAGGUUUGAGUAGGAAUGAAAUUUGGGGUUUAGCGCAGUUAGCUAAGCUCAUCCAAGUACAAAAGUAACCCUCCUUAAGUUAAUUUAUUCACUUUUUUCUCUUCAAAUUGUAAUCACUAGUGUCCAUCAAAUAGAGCACAAUCAAAAUUCAGGGAUAUGCAAUAUUGAAAAAAGUUAUACUGCAACAUUUUUCGUCUCCUGUAAGUGAAGCCACAAGUGAAGACGCUAAAAGAUAACACUGUGGUUCUGCUGGCAAUUCGUAUGACUGCCCACACAUUACCAAGAACUGGGGCAAACAGGUAUAUUUGAAAUCCAGGGCGUGUCUGUGAAGGCAGCAGAUUCAUGUGCAUGAUUACAUUACACAGACAUGUGAUACACAGAUACAGUCUCUGCACGCAAAGCAGUCUGUUUUUGUGUUCAGGUGAAGGGCUAACCCGACAAGCUGUUAUUAUUGAUCAAUUAUGGAAAAUCAGAAAAUGGUGAUGGCAUGAUGUGUUUCAUAUCCUGCAGAAUGCACACGCACACUGCAAUCGAGACAAUAAAGUGCUUCAUCGCUCAGUUAGCCCUGUUACAGUUCACUUUUACUGAGCAAAAAAAGAGAUAUUUGUUGUCAGAUUACUGUGCAUCAAGUAAAAAUAAGAUGAAAAAGACCCCAACACAUUUUAAAAGAAAAAGAAGAAUUUGUCUUUGGUCUGAAAUCUGUUGAAUCUGUAAAGUAGCAGAGUACCGUUUAGUUAAGCUAAAAGUCAAAUUGUAAAAGUCAGACAGGCCUGUAAGUAAAUUUUUGGGGGAUUACUUGCCUGUGUCUUCUCUGACAGAGCCUAACUCUUGUACCAGCUGUGUUUUUGAUUUCUUCAGAAUUGGCCUUAUUUUGCUGCUUUUCUUUUUUAAGUGAUGCAACAGAAGGAAGCAUAAACAUUUGAGCUGUCUGUAGCCCAGCAGUUUUCCCAAACAUUGCAGAAGCGAAGCACCAUAGUGGGAUUCCAAUGACCUGAUAAAUCUUUGUCUAUCCAGAGUGUUUAUAUGAGAGCAAAGGGAUCAUUUUCUCAAUACGAGUUAAAAGUUCAGAGCGUAACUUUCCAGGUUAAGUGGCUCUUAAACCAGAAAAACACUGGCUCAUCAUUUUCCACAUUUCAUCUCCGUUGUUUUGUUACUGAUGGUACUUUUCAUUGAAAGAAUUUUACCUGUAAAUGAGGUAUUCAACUCAUCAGAGGUUGAGUGAGUUUGCCUGAAUUCAAUACUCUGCACAGAUGCUUUAGGAUUAGAACAAUCUAAUGUUUUUAUUACACUCUGGUUUCUUACGUUGCAGAAUUUCACAUUUCUUUAAACCUCUUAUUUCAUAUGCAAAAUCAAAAAGUCACAUGAAAACACUUUUUACAUACCUGGAUAUGUGCAUAGGAGAGAAGUUGACAAUCAAAACACAAAGACCCCUGUAUAUUGUCAACUGUACUUACAAAUUCCCAGAUUUAUUGCCUUGGGACUCUGUGAUAUUUAAUUUUUUACCAGGACAAUUCAUCGUGAGAGUUAAGUGCUAAAAGUUUAUCACUGAGCAGCCCUGCAAAGGUGGUAAAUGCAGAGACAGUCUUACUUAAUUCUUGGUUCUGCUUCUUCUUGUUCUUCUCCUCGCGGUCCAGUUGCCAACAUAAACGUUUGGUUGAGCGUAAACACUGAUAGCUAUAAUUGUCUUUAACUUCUGCCAACUUAUUUAUUACUACUACUACAUCACUGUACAAAGUAUGUUUUACUAAGUGAGAUCAUGUGUAAUGUUGCCAAAAUAGAUGGGAGAAAGUUUGCAAAUUAUGCCUCAUGAAGACUGAUUAUCAGCUCAGUAAAAGGGUUUUGGUCAGAGAGUGGGACUUUUGUGAACUUUGAAAACUCACAGAAUCUACAUCUAUCUCAGGGGAUACUUUAUUUAAAAGGUAUCUGUGCUUGUAGAACUAAUGGUUUGCGAAAGGGUAAUAAGAAAACGUGGAAUUCCCCUGGUUGAGUUUUUUAAUUCUUAUAUGAUUUGAAGAAUCAUCUUCAUUUCUGUUUUUAGACCCUCAUGCUUGUGCUUUAGAUGAACUAUGUCCCUUUUUCAUCCUACCUUUAAAAUGACUUAGUCAAACUUCAAGGAGAGUUUAUUGAAAUAAACUGUGUAUAAAAAUGACUUUUUUCAUGUGUCAUUAUGCUUUCUGUUUGGCUGCUUUCAUUCCCUUAGACUUUUCCUAUCAGACUAUAUCAUGUUUAUUUGACAGCACCUCUACUGCUGUUGUUGACAUGUCUAACAAGUCAAGAAGGAGCAGCUCCCUUCUUCUGCAUGCACAAACUUGUUUUUUGUUUUAUCUGUUUGAAGAUAUCCAUCACUCACUCUGUCCUCUAUCUCUGUAUCUUUCAGGUGGUCAGGGCUCGACUGGAGGAGCGGGGUGUGGUGGUACGUGAUGUCAAGCUGAACGGCUCAGCCGCCAGCCACGUGCUACACCAAGACAACGGUCUUGGCUACAAAGACCUGGACUUGAUCUUUGGUCUCAGUCUCACUGAUGACAAAACCUUCCGGCUGGUGAAGGACGUGGUGCUGGACUGCCUGGUAGACUUUUUGCCUGAAGGGGUGUGCAGGGAACGGAUCACAGCCCUUGCCCUGAAGGAAGCGUAUGUGCAGAAACUAGUGAAAGUUUGCAAUGACACAGACCGCUGGAGUCUCAUCUCCCUGUCCAACAACACAGGAAAGAAUGUGGAACUAAAGUUUGUGGACUCCCUGAGGAGGCAGUUUGAAUUCAGUGUUGACUCCUUCCAGAUCACCCUUGACUCAUUGCUCCUCUUCGACCGCUGCUCCGAGACAGCCAUGUCUGAGACCUUCCAUCCCACAGUUCAGGGUGAGAGCAUGUACGGAGACUUCGAGGAAGCUCUGAGUCAUCUUCGUUCCAGGACUAUCGCCACCCGCAGCCCCGAGGAGAUCCGGGGCGGCGGGCUGCUGAAGUACUGUCACUUGCUUGUACGAGGCUUCAGGCCGUCCUCGGAGUCCCAGAUGAAACAGAUGCAGCGCUACAUGUGCUCCCGCUUCUUCAUUGACUUCCCGGACAUAGGGGAGCAGCAACGGAAACUCGAGGGGUAUCUGCAGAACCACUUUGCUGGCAUUGAACACAAACGCUAUGACUACCUGAUCACGCUGAGGAGAGUGGUGGACGAGAGCACUGUGUGCCUGAUGGGACACGAGCGCAGACAGACUCUGGCACUAAUUUCUGCUUUAGCACUGCGUGUUAUGGCCGAACAACACGCCAUCCCUGCGCUGUCCAACAUCACUUGUUACUACCAGCCUGCUCCCUACGUCAGAGACGUCAACUUCAGCAAUUACUAUGUGGCACAAGUUCAGUCACCGAUGGCUGCUUGCAGUAACACAUAUCAGACAUGGCUGCCUUGCAGCUGAGCAUUGACUCUUAAGACCUCUGGAGAGCUCUCCAGUCUAAUCUUCGCUUUCAUUGAAGGCUCGGUUUCUCUGUAGCAAUGUGGCUUGGGGCCCAACAUGGACAAGAAGGAGCCAAUUAUGCCAAAUCUUAUGUCAAAACCACCCCACUAAGUUAUAUUGAUAAAUACUGCUGUAAGAAAAAAGAAAAAAAACUCAUUCGAGCCAUUAUACUUUUGUAUUUGAUGUUUCAUAACCAAUGUAGACAUGUAUGGAAAACAUGAAGGGUUGAUGUGUGACAGAAGAACUUUGCCAGUUCUGUUUCUUGUCUGAUGGAGGCUUGCUUUGGGUCUUUAAAAAAAAAAUGUAAAUACUUUUGUACAAAGCCAGAACGCUGUGUUUUGUUCUGUCUGUGGUUACAACUGACUUGCAUAGGAGGAGGGAAAAGGACCAAAGAAGUACUUUUUGUGUGUAGCAUGACAAACAAAAAACUGUAUGUGGUUCCAAGUGCCUAAAACUGACCAAUGUCUUUAUAGCAAAAACUGUGUAAGAGAUGUUUUGAAACUUUUUCACCAAGGAUACUGUACAUUUCUAUAACCAGGGUCAGGGUACAUGUUUUUUUCAACUCAUUAAAGAUGUCAAAAAAUGGGAA